AGUGCCAUGGAUGAGAGCAACAGAACCCUCUCUGGUGACUUCACCCUGGCAGGCCUCUUCCCUCACAGCAGUGCCGCUGGGCUCCUGUUCAGCAUCAUCUGUGCCAUCUUCUUCUCGGCCAUGCUGGCCAAUGGGGUCAUGGUCUUCCUGAUCCACGUGGACCCCCAGCUCCACACCCCCAUGUAUUUCCUGCUCAGCCACCUGUCUGUCAUUGACAUGAUGUACAUCUGCACCAUCGUGCCCAAGAUGCUGGUGGACCACCUGCUGGGCCGGGGCACCAUCUCCUUCGUGUCCUGUACGGCCCAGUACUUCUUGUACAUGGGCUUCGUGGGGGCCGAGUUCUUCCUCCUGGGGCUCAUGGCCUAUGACCGUUACGUGGCCAUCUGCAACCCGCUAAGAUACCCUGUCCUCAUGAGCCGCCGGGUCUGCUGGCUCAUCCUGGCCAGCUCAUGGUCUGGUGGGGCUCUGGACAGCUUCCUCCUCACGCCCCUCACCAUGAGGCUCCCCUUCUGUGCCUCGCACAAGAUCAACCACUUCUUCUGUGAGGCGCCCACCAUGCUGAGGCUGGCCUGCGGGGACAAAGCCGCCUAUGAGAUGGUGAUGUAUGUGUGCUGCGUCGCGAUGCUGCUGCUUCCCUUCUCCGUGGUGGUAGCGUCCUAUGCCCGGAUCCUGCUCACUGUGCGCCGGCUCAGCUCCGUAGAGGGCCAGAGGAAGGCCUUGGGCACCUGCACUUCACACCUGGUGGUGGUGACGCUCUUCUACGGGGCCGCCCUGUACACGUACAUGCUGCCACCAUCUUACCACACCCCAGCACAGGACAAGGUCUUCUCCGCCUUCUACACCAUCCUCACCCCCCUGUUAAACCCGCUCAUCUAUAGUCUGCGCAACAGGGACGUGGCAGGGGCCUUCAAGAGGGUUGUGGCAAGACACCGAGGGGCCUGUGGUGUCGCAAAGAAAGAAUUCUAG